AUGACCAUGGACACAGAGAUCAAGUACAUACUCAGCCUCCAGGCUGUCCGUGAACGCGCUCACCGUGUGUUCCAGCUCGCUGAGGCCAACCAAAUCAACCAUUUCGAAUAUCACGAAGACCGCUUCGACACCGCAGUUCAAUAUGUAGCGAACAUCAUCAAGCGCGACUUUGGUCCAGGCAAAUACCAUCAGAUCCCCCCUCACGGCCGGUGGCAGCACUUCGACGUCGGUGGGAUAGCCCGUGUAAAGGACCUCCUUGCGCGAUGGGAAGCGGCGGGAUAUGACAAGGACGAACAAGCUCGCAGCCUAGUCGAUUUGUUCUUCGUUUCGGUUCUGCUCGAUGCUGGAGCAGGGGAUAAAUGGCGUUUCACCGAGCCGGGCAGUAAGACUGCCAUUGGCCGGAGCGAGGGCAUUGCGGUUGCGACGUUGCAUAUGUUCAACGAUGGCGAAUUUGCUCUUCCAGCCAGUGAUCGAAAGGAUAUUGUUCUAGGCGCCUCUCUCAAGGACUUCUCUGCCACCACCCUAUCACGCGGCUUCCAAAUCACGGACGCUAACCCGUUCGUCGGGGUCCCUGCAAGAGUCGAACUGAUCAAAUCUCUCGGUCGCUCCUUGCUCAGUCUCCCCAAUAUCUUCGGUGACACGGGUCGACCUGGGAACAUUGUCGAUUAUCUCAAAUCCCGCGCCGACGAGUCCAACCGUCUCGAUUUCGAAGUAUUAUGGGAAACCCUGCAGAGCGUGCUCCUGCCCAUCUGGCCAUCCUCUCGAACGCAGAUAGACGGCCAUCCUGUCGGGGACGCCUGGCCUCUAAAAGCCUUGGCAGACGACGCCCAGAAAGCCGGUCGCCAGUCCAAAUGUUCACACAUCCAGCCUUUCCACAAGCUGACGCAAUGGCUUGCAUAUUCCCUAAUGGUACCGUUUGAACGGCUGCUCGGGGUGGAGUGGAAAAACGCCGAGAUCGCCACAGGACUUCCCGAGUACCGAAACGGAGGGCUGUUCGUUGAUUUAGGAGUUCUGACUCUGAAGAGCGAGAGUCUGCAGCACGGGUUGGCGAACUCGGGUAGCGCUUUGCCUGCCUUCGAGGCGACAAGCGACGAGAUUGUCGAAUGGCGCGCUCUUACCGUGGCGCUGCUGGAUAAGUUGCAUGCUGCACUGAGCGGCACCGAGUUGGGGAAGGAGAAGCUGAACCUUGCUCAAGUGUUAGAGUCGGGGUCGUGGAAGGCUGGGAGGGAGCUGGCGGCGGAGAAUCGACCGGAGACAAAGUCUAGUCCAAUCUUGAUUUUGGGGGAUGGCACGCUGUUCUAG